ACUAACCGAAAAAACCAAAAAAAAAUAAAAUCUCUCAUAUCUCUCUCCUCUCCGUUUCUUCUUCUCUCGGAGAGACUGCCGGGAUCGUGCGUCGGCGGUCAGAGUCUCGCCGGAAUUUUAAAUUUACCGCCGGUCGCACGGUUUAUUCGUUGGAAACAACGCGUCGUGAGAGGAGGGGAAAUUCAAAAAAAAAAAUUGAAACACCGAUACGCUUUUUUGUUAAUUUUUAUUGAUAAUAUUUUGAAUUAAAUAUUCUCUGAUGGAUGCGAUUGGAUAGAAGGAAACAAAAAGGAAAGGAGGAAGAUAAAAGAGAAGGCGAAUUAUUCUGUUCUCUCUCUCUCUCUCUUCUCUGUCUACAUCGUUGUUGUUGUGUUUUCUUCGAGGAUCGUGAUAUUAGGAGGUAGGAGUUGGUUCCCUGUUUGCAUAUAAUGAGCUGCACAAGGAUCCGGAAUUAGGCGAAUUGUAGUCUUUAUGGCUUCUGAAAUACCUAAUCGUGUAUUCCAGGUGUUUCCACUCGCUUAAAUGGAACGAUUAUGUGUUAAGAUGUUUUCCUCUUGAACUCUUCCUAGAGUGCUGAAAGUUUCUAUCUUUGUUUUAUCCUUGGAUUUGGGGUGUGAGUUUGCUUAGGUGUAGUAGAAAUCUUCUGUUUAGAUCCUUGGAGUUAUUUGCUUGCUCUUUUGGCUCAUACGUGAGGGGAAAGGCUAUGGUCCCGUUGACAAACUAAAAAGUUAAAAAAAAAAACAAAUUUGAAUCUGGUUUUAUUAGUCGAUUUUUGUUGUCAUCUGCACGAUGCCGUCUGAUAUAAUGGAUCAGAGAGGUGUAUCAACACCUUCCCACUUUCAUGAAGAUAUUCAUAUUACUUCAGAGAGGCAAUUUGGGUUUCUGAAAGCAGACCUGAUGCCCGAAAAUCAAGGUGGUCGUGAUAGAUUUUCAAAUCUGCCAAAGAGUUCAUGGACACCUGAAAGUUACCAGCUGAAGACACAAUCUAGCUUGUCUGUUGUGCACCCCUCUGCUAGCCCAAACGCAAGAAACACUACUAGUGAUAGCCAGAGGGAAAGCAGUUUAUUUUCCAGCUCAAUGUCUGAUUUAUUCAGCAGAAAACUACGACUACAAAGAAGUGAUCUACUAUCGCCUAUGUCUACAAAUACAGUUGUUACCCACCGUGAAGAAGAACCUUCUGAAUCUUUAGAAGAAAUUGAGGCGCAAACUAUUGGAAAUCUUCUCCCAGAUGAAGAUGAUCUCUUUGCGGAAGUGAGGGGUGAGGUUGGGCGUAAAUCUCGUGCCAAUGGAGAUGAUCUGGAUGACAUUGAUCUAUUUAGCAGUGUCGGUGGCAUGGAACUAGAUGGAGAGGUUUUUUCUUCUGUGGGUCACAGAAGUGGUGAGAGAGGCGGCAAUAAUUCUGCUGGCGAACAUCAUCGUGGGGAAAUUCCAUCCAGAUCACUUUUGGCCGGAAAUAUCAGUAGCAAUGUCGAGGACUAUGAGCUGAAGGUCCUUUUUGAGCAAUUUGGAGACAUCCAGGCUCUAAAUACAGCUUGCAAGAAUCGUGGCUUUAUCAUGGUUUCGUACUAUGAUAUAAGGGCUGCUCAGAAUGCGGCUAGAGCACUCCACAACAGGCUGUUAAGAGGAACGAAACUUGACAUUCGUUAUUCUAUUCCUAAGGAAAAUCCUCUAGAAAAAGACACGAGUAAAGGAGCCUUGUUGAUUAAUAAUAUUGAUUCUUCUAUCUCGAAUGAAGAGCUCAAUCGAAUGCUCAAAUCAUAUGGAGAAAUCAAAGAGAUUCGUAGAACUAUGCAUGAUAACACACAGAUAUACAUAGAGUUCUUUGACGUUCGAGCUGCAGAGGCUGCUCUUGGUGGACUUAAUGGACUCGAGGUUGCUGGGAAGCAGCUUAAACUUGCGCCAACCUGUCCAGAGGGUACAAGAUACAUGUCACAGCGUGCUGCACAUGAUGCUGACGGGUGUCUACCUAAAAUGUCUUUUAGUAAUACAUCAUCUGGGCACAUGGGUAGACAUUUCCCAGGAAUAAUUUCUUCAACAUCCAUUGAUGGUGGAUCUAUGCGGGUGAUUCAUAAUUCUGUUGGAUCACCUGUGAACUCGUUCAUUGAACGUCAUCGGAGUCUCAGCAUUCCUAUUGGAUUUCCACCUUCGGCAAACGUCAUCUCAGCCAGCAAGCCUGUCGGACUUCAGGAGCAUGGCCACCCUUUUGAUAAUUCAAAUAUGGGGAUCCAAAGCUUGCCAAAUCUGCAUCCUCAUUCUUUUUCGGAAUACCUCGACAACUUUGCAAAUGGUAGUCCAUAUAAGUCCUCGACAGCAUUUUCCGAAAUGGUCAGUGAUGGCUCAAAAGCAAAUGAAGGCUUUAUGAUGCAUAAUGUUCGUGGAGUGGAUGGCUUUAACGGAGGGGGCAUAGGGUCUCCCAUCAAUCAAAGUUCCCGCCGCCCUAACCUGAAUUUAUGGAGCAACUCUAACACUCAGCAACAGAAUCCGUCAAGUGGCAUGAUGUGGCCUAACUCGCCAUCUCACCUCAACAGCAUUUCUACUCAGCGCCCACCUGUAACUGUAUUCUCUAGAGCACCUCCUAUCGUGGUGAAUAUGGCAUCUUCUCCUGUGCAUCACCACAUUGGAUCUGCGCCAGUAUUAAACUCGCCUUUCUGGGAUAGAAGACAAGGCUAUGUAGCUGAAUCUCUAGAAUCUUCUGGCUUCCACAUAGGUUCUCAUGGUAGUAUGGGGUUUUCUGGCUCUUCACCCUCAAAUCCAAUGGAAAUUGGUUCUCAUAAGAGUUUUUCCCAUGUUGGUGGGAAUCGCAUGGAUGUAAAUUCCCAGAAUGCUGUAUUGCGAUCUCCUCAACAGUUGUCUCAUCUCUUCCCUGGGAGGAGCCCAAUGGGUUCAGUGCCGGGCUCAUUUGACUCUCCAAAUGAACGAUACAGGAAUCUCUCUCACCGUAGAAGCGAGUCUAGCUCUAGUAAUGCUGACAAGAAACUGUUUGAGCUUGAUGUUGACCGUAUAUUACGUGGGGAUGAUGGCAGGACAACAUUGAUGAUUAAAAACAUUCCUAAUAAGUAUACUUCUAAGAUGCUUUUAUCUGCCAUUGACGAGCAUUGUAAAGGAACAUAUGAUUUCCUUUAUUUGCCAAUUGACUUCAAGAACAAAUGCAAUGUGGGAUAUGCUUUCAUCAACCUUAUCGAACCUGAAAAGAUUGUCCCAUUUUAUAAGGCGUUUAAUGGCAAAAAGUGGGAAAAGUUCAACAGCGAGAAGGUGGCAACUCUUACAUAUGCUCGAAUCCAAGGAAAAAUAGCUCUUAUUGCCCAUUUCCAGAAUUCAAGCUUAAUGAACGAAGACAAACGUUGCCGGCCUAUACUCUUCCACACGGAUGGUCCAAAUGCUGGUGAUCAGGAACCAUUUCCAAUGGGUACCAACAUACGAUCUAGACCAGGCAAGCCACGAAGCAGUAGCAUUGAUAACUACAACAGUUUUAGCAUCCCUUCCGUUUCUGAAAACCGAGAAGAACCUCCUAAUGGAACCGAUCCUUUCUUGAAGGAGAACUAACCAAUGAGCAAAAAAAAAAAAAAAAAAAAUUCAGGUAAGAAAGGUAAAGAAAAAAGGAGAGCUAAAGAUAACAAAAGGUUAAUAUAUAUAUUAUAUAAGACCAUAUCAUCUACACACCCUAGAGUUCUGUAAAUCGGGGGUGUUAAAUUUACCCUGACAAAACUCAUUUUGCAGUGAAGAAUUUUUGUUUUGAAGAGAUCAUAAACUCUGACCACAAACCUUCCCAGGUUGCUUCACCAGUUUUGUUGUAUUAUCGAAACCCCCAGAGAAAUCUUCCAGAAUUCUCUUUUUAUUUUUGGUUAUGGUUUUUUUUUUCUUUUUCGUUUUGGGGUUAUAUUCAAGGAUUUUUGGUUCUUCCUAUCAAUGUAACAAGCCUUGGAUUACACUCAUCUU